AUAUAUAUAUUGAAGGUUACAAACUGCCCACUUGUGUGUUGUCUGUAUAUAUAGCUGGGUGCAUCGAGAAUUGCGGCACUGCAAAUCUUUCCUCUCACAUCUCAGUCGCUGUCGAUUCUGCUAUGGGGUCUAUGCUGGGAGACUGGCCGUCGUUCGACCCUCACAAUUUCAGCCAGCUUCGACCGUCCGAUCCUUCCAAUCCUUCUAAAAAGACGCCGGCCACCUAUCAUCCUACUCACAGCCGGACCCUGCCGCCACCUGAUCAAGUGAUAAACACUGAGGCCAAAAAUAUUCUAUUGCAACAUUUUUAUGAGCGUGCUGAGAAGUUGGGACCAAAGAGAGCCGCGUCUGAAAGUCUGACACCAGAGCAUGGAUGCAAGCAGCCAAGGGCUUCUUCUGCCUCAGAUGCUACCUGCUAAGCUUCUUGUCACUUAAAAGGUCAAGUGUUAUCAUAUGUUAAUGCUAAUAUUUACAUCCGUGUGAGCAGUGUGAAUUGGUUGUCAGAUGCAAGGUGAGUUGCUCACUUGUAGUUGUAAAAGUAUCAUAGACAUGUUUUGUAUGCAUAAACCAUGUUAUGUUGCAACUGGGUGACCCCUAUCACCAGCGUUGAUAUAAAAGUAAGUAAUGUGAUAUGAUUUCCCCUUUGUUCUCUUGCCAA